UUCAUUUGUAUUGUCAUCAUCAUCACCCAACCCAAAUUUUAAGUCAUGGGAUCAUCCGAAAGACCAAAGAAGAAAGUUCAUCUAUGGAAGAAGGCGACGGUCCACUUCUUGUUAUGUUUCAUCGUUGGGUUCUUCACUGGCUUCGCCCCGACAAACAAAUCUUCUUUUGCUACCCAUAAUGUUGUUGCAACCAACGCUUCACCGGAGAUUUCCCCACAACCGGAGAAAGUUUUUGUGAAGCGUGUGGAGCAUGAAAAUGGGAAUUUUGAUAGGAGCGUGUUGGAUGAAUCUUUAGCGAUGAAAGUACAAGAAAGACCCAAUCUUGGCCCGAAAGAAGAAAACGGCGAAAAGGGUGACAUGGGCAAAGAGGUAAAUUUAACUCCUCGAAGGCUUGUGAUCAUUGUUACUCCGACGAGCGAUAAAGAUGAGCUUCGAGGGGUACUUUUGAGGAAAAUGGCGAAUACUUUGUCAUUAGUUCCUCCGCCAUUGUUGUGGGUCGUUGUGGAAUCACAAUCUGAAUCUACAGAAGUAUCUGAUAUUUUGCGAAAAACUAAUGUUAUGUAUAGGCAUUUGGUGUUUAAGGAGAAUUUUACCGAUAUUGAAGUUGAAAUGGACUAUCAAAGAAAUUAUGCGCUUAAGCACAUCGAGUAUCAUAGGUUAAGUGGGAUUGUUCAUUUCGCUUCACUUUACAACGUUUAUGAUCUAAGCUUCUUCGACGAGAUAAGGGCCAUCGAUGUGUUUGGGACAUGGCCAAUGGCAUUUUUAUCAACAAAUAGACAAAGAGUGAGAAUUGAGGGGCCAGUUUGUGACUCUUCAGAAGUUAUAGGGUGGCAUUUGAAAAGUUUGAACAACUCGGCAGAUGAUACAACCCGAUCACCUGUUCAUAUCUCCACCGUUGGAUUCAACAGUUCCAUUCUAUGGGACCCGGAAAGAUGGGGUCGCCUUACGUCUGCUCAGCACACCUCUCAGAAUUCUAUAAAAUUUGUUAAAGAAGAAGUCCUUGAGGAGGAGACCAAAUUGAAGGGGAUCCCACAAGAUGGUUGCUCCAAGAUUAUGCUAUGGAAUCUUCAUAUACCAAGAGUAAUUAAAGCUUAAUUAGGAAACCAAACACAAAUGCAUUAUAAUUCACUCCUCAUUUUGCUAUUAAAAUGUAGUUUUUGGUUGAUUUAAUAAAUAUAAUUCAGUUUUGUUUUUCGGUUAA